CCACCGCCUCCCUCCCUUCCGCCGCCGCCGCCGCCGCCGGGACAACCUAGGGUUCCGGCGAGCUCGGGGCCUCGCCGGCCCCACCGCGCCUCCCUCCCCGAGGGGCUCCGCUUCCCGAUUUGGUAGCAGCGAUGCAAAAGGACGCAAGCUCUAGCGAUGUCUCUGCUUCUCAUGUAGGGCGUGUUAGACAACGAAGACGCAAUAGCGAGAUUUCGGCAGAUGGGAAUAAAGCCAAUGGACCCGCUUUGCUUGUCAGCGAUCAGAACAAGUACAAGUCCAUGCUUAUCCGGACAUAUUCUACUUUGUGGAUGAUUGCAGGCUUUGUCUUUGUAAUUUAUAUGGGCCAUCUCUAUGUCUGGGCCAUGGUGGUUGUCAUUCAAAUAUUCAUGGCAACCGAGCUUUUUAACCUACUCAGAAGAUCCAGUGAAGAGAAACAACUGCCAGGGUUCAGGCUGCUGAAUUGGCACUUCUUCUUCACGGCAAUGUUGUUUACUUAUGGCCGCUUUCUUAGUCGGGAGCUUGUCAACACAGUAACUUCAGAUCACUUGUUGUUUAAGCUCGUCAGCGGCCUAAUCAAGUAUCAGAUGUUUAUUUGCUAUUUUCUUUAUACUGCUGGAUUUGUAUGGUUUAUUUUGACUCUGAAGAAGAAGACAUACAAUUAUCAGUUCAAACAGUAUGCCUGGACGCACAUGAUUCUUUUGACGGUUUUUGCGCAGUCUUCUUUCACUGUGGCAAAUAUAUUUGAAGGGAUGUUCUGGUUUCUUCUUCCCGCUUCGCUCAUUGUGAUCAAUGACAUUGCUGCGUAUUUAUUUGGGUUUUUUCUCGGGAGAACACCAUUGAUCAAGUUAUCUCCAAAGAAAACAUGGGAAGGUUUUAUUGGUGCAUCAGUGACAACUAUAGUCUCUGCUUUUCUGUUAGCAAAUGUAAUGGGUCAUUUCCCAUGGUUGACGUGUCCAAGAAAGGACCUGUCAACAGGGUGGCUUCAUUGUGAUCCUGCUCCGAUGUUCAAGCCAGAGCAUUACUUUUUGGGCGACUGGGUGCCACAGUGGUUUCCAUGGAAAGAAGUUUUCCUUUUACCCGUGCAGUGGCAUGCUUUAGCCCUUGGUUUGUUUGCAUCGAUAAUAGCUCCAUUUGGAGGAUUUUUCGCAAGUGGCUUCAAGAGGGCUUUUAAAAUAAAGGAUUUUGGUGACAGUAUACCUGGGCAUGGUGGAAUCACUGAUCGAAUGGAUUGUCAAAUGGUUAUGGCAGUUUUUGCAUACAUAUAUCUCCAAUCAUUUAUCUCGCCCCACAAUUUCUCUGUUGAUGCAAUCUUGGAUCAGAUUCUAAGAAACCUAAGCUACGAGGAGCAGAAAUCCUUAUACCAGCAACUUGGGGAGAUGAUCCUUGAAAGGCAAUUUAUUCAAAGCUGAGAAGUUUCUUGCUUAUAAAGCACAACCCAACGAUGUGUGUGGUUCGUUAUGUAGCUCUAGCUUCAUGUACAGCAUCAUAGCUCCACUGUACCGUGAUAGAGUGAUAUGUCCUUAUCCAAACCGUUGUACAGAA